AUUCUAAGAAAUGGGGAAGAUCAGGUUGGAUCACCAAUCAAUUCCGUCACUGCCAACGAUGACCGGGUGCAGACGUCACUGGUGCUAUUCCCGACGAUCAACAGAUGAAAAAGAAGUGCCACCAACUACCACAAAAGUAUUCCAGUUCACUUCCUUCUAAACUAUACUAUAAAAUUUCACAACCAGCAAAAGAACAUAGUAUCGCAUACAAUGAAUCCGAUCUUGCGCAGUGGCUCUAUGCUGAGGGUCGCCCGUCCUCGGUGUCCUUCACUCUACCGGUCUGGCCAGGUCUCUGCCCUGUCCUGGCGGCCUUAUGCCCAUAGCUCCUAUGGCGCGGAAGGGGAGACUCAAGCACAACAGCCGAACAAUCCUCGGAAUACUCCAACUAGGGACAUUGAACACCCCGGACCAGCUGCCCCAGAUGUCAGCAAGGGUUCCACGGCUUCCAGCUCUCACUCUCGCCCUUCGACAUCCCAGCAAGACAGAGACAAGGAAGACCCAGAGGAUACACCUACACGGAAAACAUCCAACAACGCAAACCCGACAAUUACUGACGGACGCCAAUCGCCCAAUGUUGACUCCGAAGGCAAUGUACGAUCAAAUGUUCCCGAUGAUGUGAAGCAACACAACAAAGAAAUGGACGAACGGUAUGAUCGACCCUACAACCACGUCAGUAACGAAGGGAAGGUCCAGAAAGGGUUUUAAAAAAAGCCCUUCUAUAGUCGGACGAGUGGUAUGGUCCGUGGCGAUCUUUCUUCUGAUCGGGUGGAAUUGGGAAAGUCACUAUCUGGUUGAUUAGAAGUUGAUCUA